AUGACACAGCAAAGGGAAGCUGUUGAAGUCCCUGAUAAAGGCACAACAAUCUGUGGCGCGACGGCGCAUGCGUGGUCCCCGCCGGCGGAGGCGGGACUAAGACGUCACUCCGUUAUUCCGGCGCGCGCCCUCGCCUCAGCCAAUCAGCGUCGAGGUAAACACUCGGUCGACGAAGGAGGAGGCGAAGCAAACAACACGAUGGCGCUACCGAAGGACGCUUUAUCGGAGGAGAAUUUGCAAGGCGCGACGGCGCAUGCGCGGUCCCCGCCGGCGGAGGCGGGACUAAAACGUCACUCCGUCAUUCCGGCGCGCGCCCUCGCCUCAGCCAAUCAGCGUCGAGGUCGACGAAGGAGGAGGCGAAGCAAACAACACGAUGGCGCUACCGAAGGACGCUUUAUCGGAGGAGAAUUUGCAAGCGGCGCUGCCUCCCACGGCGGCCAGGAGCUGGCCACGCCCACCUCCGCCCAGGAGGACGACAUGGAGAACAUGCUGCUGGACGCCCAACACGAGUCAGGCCGGAACAGCUCGGGCGGAAGCUCGCAGUGCAACAGUCCACUCAGGGGACACACCCCGCUGCUGGUGUGGAGAGGCUCCGGUGGAAGUAGCCUGCAGUCGGACGAGGACCUCCAAGAGAGGAGACAGGAAGUGGAGUUGAUGAUGAACAAAAACGCAGACUGGAUCUGGGACUGGUCCAGCCGACCUGAGAAUAAUCCACCAAAGGAGUUCCUGCUCAAGCACCCCAAGCGCUCCACCCCCCUGAGCAUCCGCAACACGGGCGCCAUGAAGAGGGGCGGCGUGCUCUCUGCCGACUUCCUGCAGCUCUUCCUGCCGUCCUUAAUCAUCUCGCACAUACUGGCCAUUGGAUUGGGGAUCUACAUCGGGAAGAGACUGACCUCCCACAGCACCUUCUGAGAACCCACGCACUGUGACCUUUCCGUGACCUCGGCAUGCCUUAAAAAGGAGAAGUUUAAAUGUGAAAAAUCAAGCGACUCGUUUUGGUUCGACUGAAAUUGUUGGCGGACUUCUGCUGUUUCCUGCACGUUUUUUUUUGAGAACUGAUACUUUUUAAUUAUUGGAUUUGAUGAAUUGUACUAUGAUGAUGUAACUAAUGUGGUCCAUUGUGUUCAACUUGCUGUCAAAAUAAAAGGUGGAAAUGUU